AAGCGGAAGUGCGCAUUGGCGGCGGAUGGUGGCGGCUGUGUAGGGACGCGCGGCGCGCUGCGGUGGGAGUGUCUCUCGCCAAUCUGCAGGUGCGGCCCGGCCCCUCUCGAAGGCUCGGAGGCCUCGGCUGUCGCGGGGAGUGGCCGGAGGGUUUAGGACGUUCGCCCAGGCGGACGUGCUUUCUUCCGUCGUAGCCUGGGGGCCAGGAUGGGGCCCGCACAGCUCGGCUCUGCGGCCGGUCUACCCCUGCCCAGUCUGUCUCCCUCAGGAGCUGAGAAAAGACUGGGAAAGCCAAAACACAGAAAACAAAAGUUCAGAAUGGAUGAGCUGGGUGGAGGAAGGCAGAGCCCUGAAGGUCAUGGAAGGAUACCUACUGAAACUUUAAGCCCUGGAGCUGGUGUCAUGGAAUCAGUCACCUUGAAGGAUGUGGCCAUGGGGCUCAUUCAGGAAUGGGCGUUGCUGGAUGAUGCUUGGAGGAACCUGUGCAGAUACAUGCUGCUGGACAACUGCAGGACCUUGGCCCCCAGAGCAGGGGCUCCACCAUGCAAAGCCAGCCUGGUCUCCCAGGUGGGACCAAGAAAAGAGCUGAGGGCAGCAGAAGGAGGCAUUCUCCAGGCCACCUGUGCAGACUGGGAAUCUCAGCUUAAAUUCAAAGAGUAUCCUCCUCUGCAGGAUAUUUUGGAGGAAAUUUCACAUCAUGAUUUGCAAAUGGGGCCAGGGCUGGACCUGAGGAUGCAGAUCAUGUCUGGUAUGGGAGAGAGGGAGAUAGCCCUGACUCCGGAGGACCGGUCAGCUCUCCAGGAGUCACCUUGGUCUGAUUACACAGGGCUGAAGGUGGCUAUGCAGAUUCAUAAGAUGGCCAUGCCGGAGCCUGCACUGAGCCUCCCUAACCUGUGGGCAGCUGGGGUUCCUGCUCUGCCCACUCAGGACCCCACAGGGCUGCAGGAGGAGAGCACGAAGGAAGAAGCCAUGGUACCUGGGGGAGUGACCACCUAUCCACAGGAACCAGUCACCUUCAUGGAUGUGGCUGUGCUCUUCACACCAGAGGAAUGGCUGUUUCUAGACUCUGCUCAGAGAAGCUUGUACAGAGACGUGAUGCUGGAGAACUAUAGGAACCUGGUCUUCGUGGGAGAUCAACUUUGCAAAGCCAGUAGGUUUUCUCAUGUGGAGCAAAGAGAAGAGCUGUGCAUCACUGAGAGAAGAAUCUUCUUAGGAGCCCACUUAGGCGAGCACCAGGCAGAUUGGGAGCCACCAGCCCGGAGUGAACCUCAACUUCAACCCCAGGACUCAAUUCCUAACCAAGAUAUUUUUGUGGAGAUCACAUCCAUGGGCAUGAAAAAGGAGCAACCACUGACUGGAGAGAAACUCUCUGAAUACAGUGAACUGAGGAUGCCCUGUAAUAGCACCCAACCUCUAUUUCAGUACCAGAGAAUUCCUGCUUUAGGGGAGCCCUAUGAAUGCCAAGAGAGUGGAAAACCCUUCUUUCAGACGGCUCACCUAACUGUGCCUGAGAAAAUCCGCAGUGGAGAUAAAACCUUUGAGUGCAACAAAUGUGAAAAAUCGUUCAGAUACAGCUCUGACCUCCUCAGGCACGAGAAGACUCACACUGCAGAGAAGUGCUUCGAGUGUCAGGAGUGCAGGCAGGCCUUCAAGUAUUCCUCGAAUCUGCGGCGACACAUGAGAACUCAUACUGGUGAGAAACCCUUUGAGUGCAGUCAGUGUGGGAAAACCUUCACCAGGAACUUUAACUUGAUCUUGCAUCAGAGAAACCACACAGGCGAGAAGCCCUAUGAGUGCAAGGAUUGUGGGAAGGCUUUCAACCAGCCCUCCUCUCUGAGGAGCCACAUGAGAACCCACACAGGAGAGAAGCCCUUUGAGUGCGGCCAGUGUGGGAAAGCCUUCAGGGAACACUCAUCUCUGAAGACACACCUGCGGACCCACACCAGGGAGAAACCAUAUGCCUGUAACCAGUGUGGGAAGCCCUUCCGGACGAGCACUCAUCUGAAUGUACAUAAGAGGAUCCACACGGGGGAGAAACUUUAUGAAUGUGCCACCUGCGGGCAGGUCUUGAGCCGUCUCUCAACCCUCAAGAGCCACAUGCGGACCCACACGGGAGAGAAGCCCUACACGUGUCAGGAGUGCGGGCGGGCCUUUAGUGAGCCAUCAUCCCUCAGGAAACAUGCCAGGACCCACAGUGGCAAGAAGCCCUAUGAGUGUCAGGAGUGUGGGCGAGCCUUUGGCCAGUCCUCACACCUUAUCGUACAUGUGAGAACCCACACUGCAGGGAGACCCUACAAAUGUAAUCAGUGUGAGAAAGCCUUCAGGCAUAGUUCUUCACUUACUGUGCAUAAGAGGAUUCAUUCAGGGAGAGAAAACGUUCAGACUGGUGGCCUGCCUUUGUCAGUGUCUCUGCCAUAUGACCGGCACCUUGUUCAUUAAUUUUGAUUUGUAAAAACAUAAACAUCCAGGGUUGCAGUCACCUCUUGUAGUAUAUGUUUUGACAUCACGUGUUUCGGUGUGUAAAAUUUUCAUUUUGGUUUAAUUUUCAACAUUGUCUUAGUUUCCAUGAUCACUUAUUCUCUGAUACAUGAGUUAAAUGAAAUUAGAUCUUUUUCUUCUGUUUUUUUUUGGCUGCAUUUGUGGCAUGUGGAUGUUUCCAGGACAGGGACUGAACCCGUGCUGCAGUUUCAACCUGCACCACAGCUGUGACAAUGGUGGAUCCUUAACCUGCUGGGCAUGGGGGACUUCCGGAAUUAGAUUUUUAAAUUGCAGUACAUGGGUAUAUUUUUAUAGAGGUAUAAUUAUAGUGAAAUGCAUAAAUCAAGUGUACAGUUGGAUGAUAAGUUUGACAGAUGUAUACAUAUAUGUAAUCAACACUCCAUUUACAAUAUAUGCUGUUCCUGUCAUUCUGGAAGUUUCCUGCAUUUAUUUGAGUUUUUUUUUUUUUUUUUAAGUUGCCUUUUUUGUUGUUGGUUUCUUUUUCUUUCUUUCUUUUUGUCUUUUGUCUUUUCAGGGCCGCACCUGAGGCAUAUGGGGGUUCCCAGGUUAGGGGUCUAAUUGGAACUACAGCUGCCAGCCUACGCCAGAGCCAGAGCACUGCCAGAUCCAAGCCGUGUCUGUAACCUACACUACAGCUCAUGGCAAUGCCGGAUCCUUAACCCACUGAACGAGACCAGGAAUCGAACCUGCAACCCCAUGGUUCCUAGCUGGAUUUGCUUCUGCUGAUGGGAACUCCCUGUUGUUGGUUUCUAAUUUAAUUACACUGGGGGAAGAGGGUGUAUUCUUUAUGUUGUUGAAUAUUGAGUAUUUGUCGAGAUUUGCUUUUAGGUCUAGCAUGGCAUGUCUUGCUAGUUGUCUAUCAAACUUGCUCUUUCUUAAUUUAUAGAAGCACCUAGAUUGGGAAUGUGCACUAUUGAAACACCUCCAUAUUCCUGGCCUUCUUGCUGCCAAAGGAGGCCACAUCCCCUAGUCCUGGCCAGUGUGAGAUGUCACUGGGUGUGAACCCUGGGAGAGAUUUUGCAAAGGUAUGGUUUAAUUUAGCCAGAUCCUCUUCCUGCCUUUUGUACAAGCAGAUACCAUGUCUAGUGCUGGAGGAGCCAUCCUGUGGCCACGAAGGUGAAAGCCACAGACUAAAGAGAGUGUGACUAGAAGUCACAACCAUCCUUGUCCCUCACUUUGGUAUCCUUGUGUGGCUGUACUAGUCCUGGACUCUAUUUCUGGACAUCUUGUUACACAAAAAGAUACAUGUACUUGACGUAGUAGUGUGUGAGGUUGUCUUUUUUUGGAGGGAGUGAGGGGGAGGGCAGGGAUGGGUUUAUUAGUGCUGAAGGCAGACUCUGACUGAUGCACUUAGUAUAUGGUCAGUUUUUACAAAUCGUUCAUGGAUGUUGAAACCAAUGUGUAGUAUUCUACCUAUGUCCACUAGGUGGAGUAUAUUGUUUGUGUUCUCACAUGGCCAAAAGGGAGCAAGAGACCUCUCUGAGGUCUCUUUAUAAGGACACUGAUCCCAUUCAUGAAGGCUUCACCCCCAUGACCUAUCACCUCCCAAAGCCCCUACCUCGUAAUGUCAUCACCUUGGAGGUUAAGCUUUAGCAUAUGAAUUUUGGGAAACACAGACAUUCAGUCUUUAGUCAGUGAUCUAUCAUUUAUUGAGAAAGCUACAUUAAACCCCCACCAUAAAUAUGGAUUGCUGAACAAAUCUUAUAAUUCUGUCAAUUUUAUUUUAUUUUAUUUUAUUUUUUUUGUCUUUUUGCUAUUUCUUGGGCCGCCCCUGCGGCAUAUGGAGGUUCUCAGGCUAGGGGUCGAAUCGGAGCCAUAGCCACCGGCCUACGCCAGAGCCACAGCAACGCGGGAUCCGAGCUGCGUCUGCAACCUACACCACAGCUCACGGCAACACCGGAUUGAUAACCCACUGAGCAAGGGCAGGGACCGAACCCGCAACCUCAUGGUUCCUAGUUGGAUUCGAUAACCACUGCGCCACGACGGGAACUCCCUAAUUCUGUCAAUUUUAAAUUCCAUACAUUUCGAAGCAAUGGAAUUAAAUGAAUUUUUUUUUUUUUUUUUUUUUUUUGCAUUUUAGGGCUGUAUCCGUGGCAUAUGGAGAUUCCCAGGCUAGGGGUCAAAUUGGAGCUACAGAUGCUGGCCUAUGCCACAGCCACAACAACACAGGAUCCAAGCUGUGUCUGUGACCUACACCACAGCUCAUGGCAACGCUGGAUCUUUGACCCCCUGAGGGAGGCCAGGGAUCGAACCUGAAACCUCAUGGUUUCUGAUGGGAUUUGUUUCUGCUGAGCCAUGACGGGAACUCUUGAAAAUAUUUUUGACAUUUUGUGUUUCCAGCAAAAUUUUCCUUUUAUUCAUACAGUGACCAACAUCUUUCUCCAUAGCAAUGAGUAUUCAACCAUUCCUCAUCAUAAUUGCAAAUAAUUAUUUAGAGCUUACUAUUACUGAGUAGUAGCUACUACCCUAAACUUUGCAUGUUUUAAGUUAUUUAGUUUUCAUCAUGACACUUUGAGGGAAGUACUAUUAUUAUCCCCAAUUCACAGAUGAGGAAACUGAGGCCCAGCAAGUUGAGGCUGGUUAACUGAGGUCAUACAGGUAUUAAGUGACAGAGUUGGGCCCCAAGAUCCAUGCUCUCUACAGAGCUUCACCUCGGGGUAGUUUUCCAUUUUUUCCUGUGCUCCCAGUGUUCUAUUUUUAUGUUUUAAAAUUCUUUAAUUGAGAAUCGAGCUUAUGUAAAAGCUCCUAAGUCUUAGCAUACACCUUAAUGAAUUUUAUAUAUGUCUAUACUACCCACAUCAAGAUAUAAAAUAUUUUUAUCUCCCCAGAAGUUUCCUCUGGGCUCUGUCCCAGACAAUAAGCCCCAUUCUCAGAGGUAACUAUAUUCUGACUUCUAUCACCGUAGUUUUGUUUUUCCUGUUCAGAGAAAUAGAACUGCACAGUGUGCCCUCUUGUGUUUGGUGCUUUCACUUAAUAUAAUGUCCAUGAAAUAUAUCUUUGUCACAUUAUCAGUAGUUUAUUCUCUUUUAAAAUUGCUAUGUGAUAUUCCAUAGCAAUUGUCUGAAUAUACCACAGUUAAAAAAUUCCUUUCUGUUUAUGGACAUUUGGGUUAUUUCCAGGUUUUUCUAGUAUAAAUAAAGCUGCUGUGAAUGUUC